ACAAACAUCACGUCCGGAACGGGCAUGUUCAUGGGGUUAGUCCUCAAAACUCCGUCAAAUUCCAUCUAUCUUGAUCGUCAAGGGAAGUCUGGCUGACUCUCACAGGCCCUGUGUGGGAAACUCCGGAAGUGCCGACCGCCUUGGUUUCCCUCAGCUCUGUCUCCAGGACUCGGCUCUCGGGGUCGCGUCGGCCGACAAUGUCACGGCGUUCCCGGCCGGCAUCACGACGGGAGCGACCUGGGACAAGGCAUUGAUGUAUGCCCGUGGAGUUGCCCUGGGCGAAGAGUUCCGCGGCAAGGGCGCGAACGUCUAUCUUGGCCCUACCGUGGGACCCCUGGGGAAGAAGCCUCUCGGUGGGCGCAACUGGGAGGGUUUCGGCGCAGACCCGGUGCUCCAAGCCAAGGCAGCCGCCUUGACGAUUCAGGGCGUCCAAGAACAGGGCGUCAUUGCAACCGUCAAGCACCUGAUUGGCAACGAGCAAGAAAUGUUCCGCAUGUACAACCCGUUUCAGCCAGGCUACAGCGCCAACAUUGAUGAUCGAACCAUGCACGAGCUCUACUUGUGGCCCUUUGCUGAGGCCGUCCACGUCGGUGUUGGCGCCGUCAUGACCGCCUACAACGCUGUCAAUGGUUCUGCGUGCUCCCAGCACAGCUACCUGGUCAACGGCCUUCUCAAGGACGAACUCGGAUUCCAAGGCCUGGUCAUGUCGGAUUGGCUGAGCCACAUCUCGGGUGUCGACUCGGCCUUGGCCGGUCUCGACAUGAACAUGCCUGGCGACACCAAUAUCCCGCUGUUCGGCUUCAGCUUGUGGCAGUAUGAAUUGACUCGGUCCGUUCUGAAUGGUUCGGUGCCCUUGGACAGGCUCAACGACAUGGCCACUCGAGUCGUGGCGACCUGGUAUAAGAUGGGUCAGGACCAGGACUAUCCGCGCGUCAACUUCCACUCAUACACGCGCGACAGAGAUGGAUUGGUGUAUCCUGGAGCUCUGUUCUCUCCGAUUCGACAGGUCAAUUGGUUCAUCAAUGUCCAGGCCGAUCACAACCUAGUCGCCCGCCAGGUGGCUCAGGACGCCAUUACGCUCUUGAAGAACGACGGUGGACUUCUCCCGCUCUCAAAUGCCAGCACAAUCAGCGUUUUUGGCACAGAUGCCCAGGUCAACCCUGACGGGCCCAACGCCUGCGCAAACCGAGCGUGCAACAAGGGCACCCUGGGCAUGGGCUGGGGCUCUGGCGUUGCCGAAUAUCCCUACUUUGACGACCCGAUAUCUGCCAUUAGGCGACGGGUCCCGGAUGUCCAAUUCUACAACACAGACACUUUCCCUAGUGUUCCUUCCCCGAGUCCUGAAGAGCUUGCCAUGGUUUUCAUAAGUUCCGACUCGGGAGAGAACAGCUUUACUGUGGAGGGCAACCACGGGGACCGCGAUGCCUCCAGGCAAGCGGCCUGGCACGGCGGCGACAAACUGGUCCAGGACGCGGCCGCGAAAUACAGCAACGUCGUCGUCGUCGUUCACACCGUUGGCCCUAUCAUUAUGGAGUCGUGGAUCGACCACCCGUCCGUCAAGGCCGUCCUGAUCGCCCACCUGCCGGGCCAAGAGGCAGGCGAAUCCCUGGCCAACGUCCUCUUCGGCGACGUCUCCCCCAGCGGUCACCUGCCCUACUCCAUCACCAAAGCCGAAUCCGACCUUCCCAAAAGCCUUUCCGAGCUCAAGACCUUCACCUUUGGCCAAGUGCAAGACACGUACAGUGAAGGCCUCUACAUUGACUACCGCUGGCUCAACAAGGCAGGCAUCAAGCCCCGUUUCGCCUUUGGCCACGGCCUCAGCUACACAACCUUCACCUUUUCGAACGCCACCAUUCGGCCCGCCACCACCCCACUCUCCCUCGUGCCCCCUGCACGCGCGCCCAAGGGCCCGACGCCCACCUACCCAACCACCAUCCCCCCGGCCGCAGAGGCCUACUGGCCCGCCAACUUUGACCGCAUCUGGCGGUACCUGUACUCGUGGCUCGACCGCCCGGAUGCCGACGCCGCCUACCAAAUCGGCGUCUCGGGCGAGCGGCUGUACGACUAUCCGGACGGGUACAGCACGACGCAGCGGCCCGGGCCGGCCGCGGGGGGCGCCGAGGGCGGCAACCCGGCCCUUUGGGACGUGGCGUGGGAAAUCACUCUGACGGUGCGCAACUCCGGGGACGCGUUCCCCGGCCGCGCAUCGGUGCAGGCGUACGUGCAGUUCCCCGCGGGGACGCCCUAUGAGACGCCCGUGGUGCAGCUCCGCGACUUUGAGAAGACGCGGGUGCUCAACCCGGGCGAGGAGCAGACCGUCACCCUGAGACUGACCCGGAAGGACGUCAGCGUGUGGGAUGUGGCACUGCAGAACUGGGUCGUCCCCGGCGCUUUAGGAAAUGGAGGGUACACCGUCUGGAUCGGCCAGGCAAGUGACCAGCUGCGCUUGGCCUGCUACACGGAUAGCGGCGUGUGUGAGGACGGGGUGGAGCCGCCUGUUUGAUGUCUGAGGGGAUGGAUGGUCUCGUGCUUCGUAGUUGUGAUAUGGGAUACAUAUGGGAUAUACGUGCAACGAGAGUGGAAAGUUUUAGCAGAUCCAUGUCUGUGGGACGGGAGGUAGCAUAGGUUGUUUAGUAUGACCCGUAUGGGC